UGCUAUAAAAACUCUUGGAAGUUAGUUCAACAGUUUCUGAUGAUAUUAUUUAUUUAUUAGGAUCUUAAAUCUAUUUUUGUCAUUAUAUUAUAACCUCUUCCAGUCUCUUUCUUUUUUUGUCCAAAUUGGCAGUCACUCAGGCACUAGGGUAAUACAAACAGUAAUAUAUGUUAUAUAUAGUAGUUAAGCUAUAUUAAUUAACUUAUGUACAAUAUUAUUUGCUAUUUAAUUUUGACCUACUAUUAUAGGUAUUGGUGGACUGUAACACCACUUAUCAACCAUGUACAACACAUUUGUACCUAAAAGGUUGCCUCCCAUUCACCUUUUUCUAUUUAAUGGAUUGUUAGAGCAUCAAUAACUGUGGAAAAAGUCAAAUGUGGUUCUGUACAAUGUGAGAUCCAGCACCUGUAACAAGUGCGGAUCAUCUCAAAGGCACCAAAUCCCUGUUUCGGACCUUUACUGUCUUUUAUCUAUUGCUUCCACCUUCUUCAAUCUGAGUUAUCUUUAGUCUUUAGAGGUUGUCCUCUGUUCCAUCUGAUAUUGUUCGUUUAAACAAACAACACCAGAUGUCAUCACUUCUCUCUUUCUUUUCCCCAGGAUUCAGUUGGAAUGAGAUAAUGACCUUGUACUAUAUUUAUGAUUGGUGUAAAGUGUGUAUUGUGACAGUUAACAUGUGGUUUCAAAUGUACCUGAAAGAGAUACCAAGUUUGUACCAAUCAAUACAGAUAACGUUCUUGUCAAGAAAAGUGUCUGACAGGCCUUUGACGCUGAACUUGGAUUCAAAAAUCUUUGACUUUCUUAAUCCAUUUGUGACUGUUUGUUUAGGCUUUCUUCAUGUUUUAUUUAUUUAUUUAGUUAGUUUAGGGGGUUGGAAGUUCUGCUUGAUCACUUCCUUGAUUCCCAAACGAUGAAUCUAUGGGCUGUUCUAUAUACACGAAUAUUAUGCGUGUCGCUAGGACACUCAGUUUUAGGUAAUUUUCUUCAAAACAACAAACAAACAAACAAAACAACAACAACAACAACAAAACACAUACAAACAAAUGUAUAUAUAUAUUUUUAACCGAAUCGAUGUGGAAACCAAUCAACACUAAACGAAGUUACAAUUACACUGACAAAAGUGGAAAAAUCGCCUCGUCAUGACGAGUAAGUCAUUAAAUGCGUAAACAGGAAGGAUUGAAUAGAUGGAAGUGUAGUUCCUACCUACACUGAAAUGCACCGUAUGGAACAGUGAACCACAAUAACAGCAUAGCAACAUAAAUAACGGACAAAGAGGAGACACCUUUUUUAGUUAUUGUUUAUUGAAAGGCUGUGAAUUAAUGCUGUCUGCCGCUCCUCGUGGCACAUCUUAGUCAACGGACGAUCACAGGAGGGAGCCUCGUGACUGCAACACGUCAGAGCGGCUCCAAACUGCCGGAGACACGCAUGACAGACAGAGCUCCCACUCUGUCACUACAUUUGAGUCCAGAAACCGAAUCCGUCUUUCUGUUGCACGUCUUCGAACCGACGCCUUGUUCGCGUGUUGUUUUCGUUUAUUUUACAUUAUGUCUUGAGCACUAAAAAUAAAAUUACCUGAAUUACUAGGCCCCGAAAUACUGACUUUUGACGGGAUUACCUUUAAUCUUGAACUUUGACAAAAACACGAUGUAUCAUAUAAUGUAGAAGUAAAGCUAAUAACUGCAAAUUGUAUAAGGGAUAAGGAAUGAAUAAUCAUAUGAAGGCAAAUGAAUUAUGCACCCUGUACAGAAGAGAUACAAACUUUCAGUUGCAGGACUACAACCGGGCCUGGUUUUAAGAGACGACAGCGCAUGCGGCUGGAUACACGCCCUCCGUUGCAGACCGGAAGUCACAAGAAAUUUCACUACGGAGUGCUACACCCUUUCAACACUCCCUAUCUCUGGUGUAUCGUAAGCGGCUGCUGCGGUCCUCCAAGACCGUUGCCCUUGUUAAACUUCAACCAAAGGCACCGGCUCAGUAAAUUGGUAUUCUCCUUGAGGUGGCAGCAUCCUCGCAAAAGGAGGACGCAGAGCAGAAUUAGGAAGAGCCACUGGUUAACGUUGGAGCUGCUACACGAAUGAAGGCGUCAGAGCAAUGACGAAGAGAAAAAGAUAAAAUACGGAGGCGAUACACUGACUCAAUACAACCAGCCCUCCAUCCCCUGCCAUGGAGCAAGACGAAGAAGCAGCAACAGCUGGGGAGGAUGCACACUCGCAGCUGAUGUACAGGAUAGAGCGCCCUGUCUACGAUGAAAACCUCAUCCGGACAAAGCUUCUCCACCGCAAAAAUAACUCCACGACACUCCGCCAGAGGCUGGCAGAGAAGUUCCAGUGUUCUUCAGAGAAGGCCAAGGCAGCAGUUCUCAGUUUCUUGCCUAUUCUAACGUGGCUGCCAUCCUAUCCAGUCAAGCAGUACCUCUUUUCAGAUGUGGUCUCAGGUCUCAGCACGGGCGUCGUGCAGCUCCCUCAAGGUCUAGCCUACGCCAUGCUGGCUGCUGUGCCUCCGGUUUAUGGUCUGUACUCUUCAUUCUACCCCGUUCUGCUGUACACCUUCUUUGGCACGUCCAGACACGUAUCAGUAGGUACCUUUGCAGUUAUAAGUCUUAUGAUCGGGGGCAUAGCGGUGAGGGAGGCCCCAGACUCCAUGUUUUACUCCAUCCCCGCCAAUGGAUCCAACACGUCCGCGGUGCUGGACGUGGUCGCUCGCGACGCCAGGAGGGUCGAGGUGGCCGUGGUGCUCACAACGAUCGUGGGAAUCAUCCAGAUUGUCUUAGGCCUUCUCAGGUUUGGCUUUGUUGCAAUCUACCUUACAGAACCUCUGGUGCGAGGCUUUACUACAGCAGCAGCGAUGCACGUUGUCAUCUCCCAGCUGAAGUACAUGCUGGGGGUGAAAACACAGCGCUUCACUGGGCCCCUCUCCGCUAUUUAUAGUGUCAUAGCGGUAUUCAGCAAUAUCACUCACACCAAUGUCACCACGUUCCUGCUGGGCCUGGGGUGCCUCGUGUUCCUGUAUGCGGUCAAGGUCCUAAAUGAACGCUUCAAGAAGAAGCUGCCCAUUCCCAUUCCUGGAGAGAUCAUUGUGGUUAUCGUGUCAACUGGCAUCUCGUAUGGCAUGUCCUUAUCAGAGGGCUACAAGGUGGACGUGGUCGGGACAGUACCAACAGGGCUGCAGCCCCCUGCUCUCCCAGACUUCUCUCUGUUACCCAACCUGAUCACAGACUCCUUCGCUGUGGCGAUUGUAGGAUUCUCAAUGGGCAUGUCACUUGCCAAGACCUUUGCCCUGAAACACGGCUACAGUGUGGACGGCAACCAGGAGCUCAUCGCCCUCGGCCUGUCCAACUUCAUCAGCUCUUUCUUCCAAACCUUCGCCAUCACCUGCUCCAUGUCGAGGAGUCUGGUGCAGGAGAGCACCGGAGGAAAAACCCAGAUAGCAGGGUUCCUGGCGUCUCUCGUGGUGCUGCUAGUGGUGGUGGCCAUCGGUUUCGUCUUUGAGCCACUCCCUCAGACUGCGCUGGCCGCCAUCAUCAUGGUCAACUUGCUGGGGAUGUUCAAGCAGUUUAGAGACAUUCCUAGCCUGUGGAGGACCAGCAAGAUCGAACUGGCGAUCUGGCUGGUAUCCUUCAUAGCAUCUCUGCUGCUGGGUCUGGAUUACGGCCUCCUGGUGGCCAUCGCUUUCGCCUUGCUCACAGUCAUCUACAGGACGCAGAGCCCUAAAAAUUCCAUCAUGGGCCACGUUCCUGACACAGGACUUUACUGUGAUGUGGAUGAAUAUGAAGAGGCGGCUGAGUAUGAGGGGAUCAAGAUUUUCCACUCCAACUCCUCAAUCUACUUUGCUAACAGUGAGCUUUAUGUGAACGCCCUCAAAGAGAAGACGGGAGUGAACCCCCAACACAUACAAGCUGCCCGCAAAGCUAAAAGAAAACACAAGCACAAGGAGUCCUCUCCGGUGAAGAUGUAUGUCAAGUACGAAGAUGAGGCCGUGACCCAUGAGGUCAUACCCCUGAACCACGUGGUGGAGGAGCAGAAGAACGGCCAGUUGAAGGACAAUUGCCAGGAGUCGAGCUCCGACGAGGCCGUCUCCCUCCAACCUCUCGCCGCCGUCCACUCCAUCAUCCUGGACUGGACGGCCGCCAGCUUCAUUGACUCUGUGGGAGCCAAAGCCAUCAAGCAGGUCAUUAAGGAAUAUGCAGCGGUGGAUGUACGGGUGGUCAUAGCCAGCUGCAACAGGAACCUGUUGGCUGAGCUGGACAGCUUACAGUUCUUCACGGGGGACAUGGCCACAGACAUGGUGUUCCCCACUGUCCACGACGCAGCGCUGCACUGCCAGCGCUUAAAUUCCCAACCGCCUGCAGCUCCGACCGGUGAGACGUCGCCUGUAACCGAGGGCGAGUCACGGGACCUGACGUCCUGACCUGACUGCAGGAACUUGUCUCCAUUUGUGCUCUAACAUCUCAAUAAAGAGGAACUGAACAAUCACUCAUGUGGGGUAGAGAGAGGAGUGUGGCCCAGGUGGAUGUGAAACACUCCGAAAUGUCCUGGUUGAAUUUUAAGUGCUAAAAAAAGAGGAAAGUGUGUUUUGUGGAGUUGUACCUGAACUUCCCUCAGCCUUAUAUCUCUGCAAGCUAAGACAGGAGUGUUGAAAGUUACACUUUUAUUGUCGUUUUGUAGUUGUUCUCACUGCUCUGUUGGGAGAAGUAUACUUUAAGGUCAGCUGCUGCAGCUCUCGUCUAAAUGACAGUGAGCAUGGGAGUCCAGUUCGUGGUGUUAACGUAUGUGAAACUGACCAUAUUAUCAUGCUGGAACCAAAAGUCAAUGGUUACUUAGGAAAUGUCAUAAGGGGACUGUUAUUUUUUAUUUAGCUGUGUUUUUAAUGUAACUGUGUAUUUAAAGCAACAUGAACGACCAAAACUGGUCGAUAUUCACAGUUUGUUGUUACUGUACAUUUACACUGCUGUUCGAGUCCGAGUGUAACAUUUAACCUCUUGUCACGCUGUCAUUGGAUAUUUUAGUGUGAAGACUACAUCCAGUUACACAUUUCUAGUAAACAUGUAGUUAUUUUACAAAGACACUCAAACCUGGAAUAAACUUUAUUUUUAAAUGAA